CCAAUGAAAUACUAGGAAAAGAAUAUUCCAAAAAGCAUAAACAUGGCUUCGCGAUACAAUCACGGUGUUCAGCGAGUUUUAGCGAAAUUAGAAGCAUCUAUAAAUUCAGAAAAUUAUUACGAGGCACAUCAAAUGUACAGAACUUUAUAUUUCAGAUAUCUCGGACAGAAAAAAUAUUCAGAACUUUUGGAAUUAUUGUAUAAUGGAGCCACUCUAUUAUUACAGCACGAACAACAUGCUAGUGGAGCUGACCUAGGAAUUUUAUUUAUAAAUGUCUUAAUACAAUCAGGAACAGAACCUUCUCAAAUAUAUUUUGAAAAAAUUACAAACUUAUUAUGUAUAAUGAGUUCUUCCUCACCUGAAAGAGAUAUAUUUGUACAAUCUGCUCUUCGAUGGAGUACAAAGGGUACAGAAUAUAAAACUGGUCAUCCAGAUUUACAUCAAAAGAUAGCUCAAGUAUUUUGGAGAGAAAAAAAUUACGUAAUGGCAAGACAACAUUUCAUACAUAGUAAAGAUGGUUCUGGAUAUGCUGCAAUGCUUGUUGAACUUCACGAGCAACGUGGUUAUACGAAUGAAAUAGAUCUUUUCAUUGCACAGGCAGUUUUACAAUAUCUUUGUUUACAAAAUAAAGCAGCUGCAGAAGAAGUUUUCAAUUCCUAUACUUUGCAACAUCCAAAAAUAAAGAGGGGUCCACCAUAUCUUCUUCCACUACUAAAUUUUUUAUUCUUUUUGUUAAAAAUAAUUGAUAGUGGUAAGCUUACUGUAUUUACAGUACUUUGUGAACAGUACCAAAUAUCUUUAAAUAGAGAUCCAUGUUAUCGACAGUACUUAGAUAAAAUAGGACAGUUAUUUUUUAAUAUACCGUCUCCACGACCUCGUAAUCAAGGACUAUUUGGUUCACUGUUACAAUCUUUUUUUAAUGGUUUGGAAGAUGAAGAUUCAGACGAUGAACAGAGAAAUACAGCUUCAACAUCACACACCAUACAAGAACUUGAUUGAUUAAAGGUUAUAUGUCACUGUACAAUGUGAUGAAAAUGAAUAAUUAAUAUUUAUAUAUACGUACAUAUUUUAAUGUCCCACAUGUUUUCAGCAACUGUGUUGUGCUAAACGGUCAAAUUUCUAAAUACUGCAUUGAAAUGAACUUUCACGAAUGACCUGUACAGAUAAACUAAUUUAUAAGAAAGAUAUGUGGGAUACAUUCAUAGAAGAAUUUUCUAAAAUUGCAAGUUAUAUAAAUAGUUCCAAGAAACCAAUUUUAUAUAGAACAGAAAUAACUAUGAAUGGUAAUAAUCUUUCAUAUUUUUCUUUUCAUUGUCAAAAUUUAUUUUGAUAAUGUAUUCGACGCAUUUCAUUGUAUUGAAAUGAUAAGAAAGAAAUCUGAAUUGUAUAUAUAAAAUUUUAUUUCAAUGCUGCUAUGAACUUUAAGGCGAAGUUUGAACGAAAUCCUUGUGUUAGUAACAAUGUAUAUAUCAGAUAUUCAAGAGCAAAUAUGUACUUGGAUAUUACUAUUAAAUUGAAUUUUUGUUUUAUGUAAACUUAUUUUUGUGACAAAUAAUUGUGACGUAUAUACUUAUAGCUGCAAAGAACGAAUAGUUAAUGAAUAGUAUUAUUUCUUGCUAAAUUAUGCUAAAGUAAAGUGAAAUAUCAAUCAAUAGAUAUGUUUGUAUUAAUGUAGCCAUUUAUAGAUAAAUAUUUUACCUGUUACUAUGAUUUAAAUAGAGUGAAUAUAGCAACUGUUGUAGCAACCGAUAAAAUAUUUAUUUAUUAAUAAUUAUCAAAGUUUUAGUGGGUUAUUUAUUCAAUUAAAAAAAAUAAAAUGGCCAUGAUUGUAUCAUACAACACUAGUGUAUUAAUAAAGGAUAAUGUAUGAUUAAGAAGUAUUGUAUGAAAGAAGCUUUAAGAAACAUGAUUAGAAAUACAGAUUUAUAGUAACUAUA